AUGACGACUGAUCCAUCGAAGGAAAUCGAGGCGUUUUUACUUCGAACAACUGCAGCUGGCGAAAUGCCUUCUCUAAACAAGUUCUUUGAGCAAGAGUGGGAUCAUGUCGUGAAUAACACGAAUCCUGGCGAAGACCAUAGAAACAACUGGAAAUCGCGGUUCAGGAGAGUCGCAAAGGUUUUGAAAGUUGCAGUGGAUGAAAGCGAACCUGAUUGGGAUAAAUUGGCAGUAGCAUUGGAGCACAAAAAUGAAGCAGCAGCAGAAGAGAGUAUCUCUCUCUCAACAAGCUCAGCAUCAAGCAAGAGAUCGUCAACAAGCUCUGCAACAACCUUAUCAAGUGCGGACCUUUGUUGGGUAGAACAUACAUAUAGCCAACUACCUGAUAGUCAGCGUUGGUGGUUAUACAAUGAUGAAGAGAAAAAAGUAUCAGUGGAGGGACAGAUGCUCAAGCGAGCAUUGACCUGCAAGCAACACAGUCCCGUGCAUUCGAUGAUCAUGGAUCCAAUGGAUCCCGCAUGGAUCACUGAGAAGUACUUCACGAUGGCUGAAAUGGAUAUCAUCAAAACUCAUCAAGCCCCAGUGUUGCCCGAACUUCCAAAUGAACUUUCCAAGUAUCUUUUAUCGUAUGUCGGCAAGCAUGACAUGGACACGCUACUCGCCCAUCGACAAAACAUGAAUUUCCACCCCAUCAAGGAGGCUUCAUUGUAUUGGGCUCAGAAGUCCAUCAUUGACGCCAUGGACCUACUUAUUUAUGGUUCUUUGCCUGAUUGUAUGUCAUCUGAAAGUGACUUAUUACACGAUGUAUGGGGUUUUAUCAAGAAAUGCUUUGAAUCAUCAAACAUCAAAGUAACCACGGGUGAGAAGACAAUGUUAUCCACGGCACAAAGAAGAAACACCAACCGGAUUGCAGGAACUGGAGAGUUGAGAAGAAAAGCGAUUGGAACAAAGGUCGACAUUCGUUUUUCUUACUUGCAUUAUGAGUAUGGCUGCGUUGAGGCAGGCCUGGAGGACGAUCAGACCGGCACGAAAACUAUAAAUGAAGGACGUUUAAAACUUCCUCGCGCACUGAAAGACAUUUUGGUGCAGCUAUCAAAAUCAGCACCAUCAAGUGUAAAAGGGCUAAAAGCCUGUGGCUUUUUAAUAUCAGGAUUCCAACUCACGGCAUACAUCAUGGAUUGUCCGGCUGGUGGAGCUUGCAGGGUAACCAAGGUUGGCCCACACGAAUUUCCAAGGGCACUGGAGCAAUUCUCAGCCAAAAUGAUCCCGCUGCUUUUCUUAACUUGGCAAAUCCGACAGAUAAUGGAAUCCACUGCUCAUGUUGUUUUGAACGAUUCAACGAUGCUUAUGCCUACGAUCAAUUCUCUUCCAUCCAGUCCCAUUCCACCAUGCAUGCCUUCACCUAAACCAAGCGGAAGGAAAAGAUCAUUGACUGAAGCUGCACUGCACUAA